GUGAAAAAUAUAUAUGAUUUCAUCGUGUACGUUGCCGACGAAUGUACUGGUUGUAAGCCAGAAGAUCGGAAGGUAUGUACCUCUGAAAUUUAUUCAACGCUGUUGUGAUGGUAGAAAAAAUCCUCCUUAAGUUCCUUUCUAAGAGUAGUUAAUAGGCGUAUUGAGAAAUUAGGAAUGGUUUUGCCUUAUUGAUUUAAACGAUAGUAAUUUGUAUGUUGAUUGCGUUUUCAUCUCUAGACAUCAAGAUCUUUCAAAUUGUUUGUCACAGAUGUCAAUGACAACACACCUACCUUUAUAAGUACACCCUAUCUAGCCAGAGUUGCUGAGGUAAGCAGAUUGAAUCGCCAACAGUUAAUUCAGAUUAUUGACCUUUAUGUCAGGUGUUUAGUCUCGAAUUUAAGCACAAAUAAAAGAAGCUCAGUUCAUUUCUCUAGCCGGGUUUGCUAAAUUGGAACAAUUAGUGAACUAUAGUGCGAAAGGUCGAGGGCCAGUUGAGCUGAACCCCAAACCUAAAGCAUUUAAGGGUCCUUCGUUGACUGGUACGAUUGUGCCGUCUUUGCAAGGACAUAUUGUUCGUGCUUAGAAGUUCUGGUCUUCACGGAUAAGGAAAAUUAACUGCUCAUGCAGGUCCUGUCUCCCUGACAUAUUCAAUUCCAUUUCUUGUGGCAUAAGAUACCGCACACUAUUUGCGAAGGGGAGGGUAAUGCGUUUCGUCAUUGUCAUGGUUUGGGAAAAAGAAUAAAUCAAUGAAGCUUCUCUAAAUAUUCAUGGGUAGAUGAGAUAAUCACUGAUAUAAAUACCUCUUUCAUUUCAUUAAGAAGUUUAAUAUUAUGACUCUUAGAAUCUUUAUCCGUCCUUAUUCAAUAAAGAAUGGUGGACUUUGGGUUGAAAAAUCCGGAUCGAAGCCUACCUAAAAAGGGGGAAUGAAAUGAGGAAAUAAAUCGGUUUUCAUUGUCUUUAGAGAAAGACGACGAAAGCAAUAAAAGAGUAUACAUUUAAUGACGGGGAUUUUCCAAUUUCAUAGUACAAAUUGUACAAGUAAUAUCUUAUGAAAUUCUUCAACAGAAUGAAACAGUCGGCGAUCUUGUGAUUCAAGUUAGCGCCAUCGACAGAGACACAGGACGAAAUGCAUUAGUGUCUUACAUGUUCAGUCCUUCGACGAAGGUAAAAGUGUAACCUGAGCUGUGUAUCGUUUUGAAACUAGUCUACAUCACAAUGGAGACCUUUACAUUCGAAGAGAGAUAUCCCUUCGAACUCCAACAGUCAAACAAUGGCCGUGUUUAAGCCCUGACCUAUUUAAGCAGGAAGAAAAAUCAAAUAGUCGUCACCAAUAGAGGACGAGUGUUAGCGAAGAUGGUGUAGUACAGAAAACUAAACGCCUACCCGUUGGCAGUUUUCUGGUCUUUUAACCAGGAAAGGGUCACCUUCGUCUAAUAAUAAUUUGCAAGCCAAGUUUGUUUUCACAUAAAAUCACGUGUAAUAUAUUUCCCUUAAUUUCUCGAAAACGUGAAAGCAAAUCGCGUAUUCAAAGUCUAUCUCAUCGAGGUUCUCUUCAAUCCGACAUCAUCCUAUUCCUUUAUGUAUCGAUUUUUAGUAAAAUAAUAAGGAGUGAGAUGAUUUAUAUUCUUGCAAAUUAAUGCUCUUCUUCUCUUAGAUCAAAUGUUUAUGUAACAAUUUAUUUUUCCCUGUGGUUGAUAUCUGCAUUUACAUUGGUACAGCAUGUUGAUUCUGUUAAAUCGCUCUCUUGUAUCUGCUUUCCUCUAUCUGUUAUACUUUCCUCUCACAGCUGUUGACCCUUUCCAUGUUGCAGGGGAAUCUGAUGUCUAGUUUUUCUUACCUUUUAUAAUCAUCAACUUAUUUCCUUACUAAGUACUGAAAGAACUGUCCUGUCAGAAUUCUUUAUUUGUUAAAAAAUCAUCGGGAGUUUAUGCAGCUUGGAAGUAUAGUGCUACUCAGAAAACUUCUUUGAAGUCAAAUUCUUAAGAGUUGGUCCCUUGCAUGAGUCCAGAGAUCUUUCUCUAAUAUAUAAACUAAAACAUUUUUGUCUCCUAGUGGUCUCAUGUCCCUGGCUGUGGUCACAUCACCGCAAAAAUGAAAUUAUUGAUCUUUCCCCUGAUGUCCUAUUAAUGUUCUUUAUUUAUCUCUCUUUGAAGGGCUGGAUAAGUCCUUGGAAGGUUAGGGAGUUAACUCUUCUCUCCUUUUCUUCAUCUUCUUAAGUUAUUACCUCCAAAAUGUUAUCUGUGUUGUACUUGUCAUCUUUCAUUCUUACUACUUUUGCCUGUCACAUUCUCGUUUUUCUUACAGGACCUGGUUUUUCAGCCAUGAGUAUAUUUUCUUUUUGGUUUUUUCCUUUGUGCGUGGCUUCCGGCAUUAACCUAAAUAUUCUAGUAUCAAUGCAACUUUUGCGUGUUGUUCAUUAGAUAUAGAAUUAUUUGACAAAGCUUGUAUCCUUUGCAGACGGAUACCUUUGCGAUCGACAAUCAUCUAGGAAAAAUAACCAUCAAUGGAUCUCUCGACUUCGAGAAAGUGCAGCGCUACACGCUAUUUGUUACAGCAAAGGUAAGUAAUAUUAAAAACUAACAUUUGAACCGAUAAUUUCUGCCAAUAAUUAGUUCAUGCAAGAAUAUCUGGAACAACCGUUAGGCGCGCGGGUUUAUUAAUGUCUUGAACUACUACGCGCGUUUACGAUGAACUAACGAAACACAUCUUUUUCUCUUUUUAGUUCUUGAUUUCUUUUACUUUCCCCAGGAUGGCGGAGAUCCUCCUCUGGAGUCAAAGACAACGGUCAUCGUUGAUGUUUCAGAUGUCAGUGAUAACCCGCCUAGUUUCCUGAGACCCAUUUACCUCGAGUCCAUUCCAGAGAACAAACCAAAGGUACAUUGUGUUUCAACUGAUGCACUUGCGUUUGCAUUUUCAUGCUACCUUUGGACGGAACAUACAUUCGUCAAAUGUAUUUGAUCAUGAGCUUGCAAUCACUGUGGUAGAUGACGUUGACCUUUUACGUCAGUAGGAACUGACUUGAAACGAACUUCCACGAUAUCUCUUUCCUUUCCAGGGCUCCUUGAUUGUUCAAGUUCAAGCAGUCGAUGGAGACUCUGGUGUUGGAAAUGCAGUCGAAUAUGAGAUCAUAGAUGGUAAAUAUUCUUCAACAAUAGGGUAAAACUUUUGAGGAAUGUAAUAAUACCAGAUUAUAAUAAAUUUCGGAUAUAACGCGCGCUGUCAUUGGUUGAAAGAGCGUGUUAUAUCAGAGUACUAAACAUGGAGCUGAGCUGAGCUAAAGCUGUCACGCCAUCUGCUUAUUUGUACUAUGUCCGACUAUUCCCGGACUUCUCUCAAGCUUUUUUUCGUAAAUAGUAAGUGAAAUUUCGGAACGAGCGAGCUGUUAAGUAGCAAUAGAAGAACCAAACAAAGGACAUGCCAAGCGCCCUGAUUGACCUUACUUUAUGAAGAGGUAGUAAGAAACACUCAACAAUUUCUCGUACUUUUUCCUUACACUUCUUCCAUGCUCUAACCACUUCCUGCGUGCUUUACAACAGAACAGAGCAGAGCCAAGGUUUAUUUAUUUGUCAAAUUAAGGAGAGAAAAGCGGCAAAAUGCACUGUAUAAAAUUUAACAGUCUUAUUGGAAUGACCCUGAACCCCUGCUUUAUUUCCUGUUUUUAACGAGUGUGAUCUGAAUUGAGAGAAAAGUAAGCAAACAACUUCCUUCCCGGAAGCCGCCACUCUUCAUAAUUCAUUAACUCUUUCAUCAACUCACACACUAUUCUAUGAAUUUCUGUUUCAUUAUUCGUUUGCCUCGUUUUGAUUCACCUGUUUUUUUUCUUUGCUUUCCACCAGGAAAUGACAAAGGACUGUUUGAUAUUGACAAGAGUUCGGGAAAUAUUACAGUCAAUGGCACCAUUGAUGCUGAAAAGACUGAAUUCUUUAGAAUAACUGUCAAAGUAAUAUGGAUUCAUCUUAAGAAUUAGUUUCAUAUGUCCAGUAAACCCCAAAUGAAGUUCUUGAAAGAAAAAAGUGAAGAGCCCGCUUUUUAGUUGAGCGUUUCGUAAAAGCAUAACUAGGGUAGUUACAGAGUCCAAUCGGAAUAAAGGAAAAUAUUACAAAUUGCUAAUGAGAACAAAAAGUAAACAUAAAUGGCCGGCUCCGAGGCAAAGUACGUAACAGACGAAAAAUUUCACAACUAGUCACAGAGCUUAGUCAAUGCUAGAUGAUUGAUGUAAUGCUGAUUAACUUCUGUAUAUUUCCCUGAACCUAACAGGCAUCUGAAGUAGUUGAUCCAGCUUCCAACUCCACGGCCGUAAUACUCGUAACAGUGCUGGACACGAAUGACAACUCGCCCCAGUUUCUGCAGAAUCGUUACGACUUUAAUAUUCGAGAGGAUCUGGCUCAACCAGGAUACGUAAUAACUAAUCAGUUGAACGUACAAGACAAAGACAUCUAUGUAAGAAAUACUGCAAGAGUGUCUCAUUAAUAGGGUUCGUUAGGCAGAGCGGGGAAAGGAAAAUAUUAUAAUAACUUUAUAAUCAAUACGAUCAUAAAAUUGUAAGGAAGAGUUAAAAAACUAAGAAAAGCAAAUUCUGAGGGGAAUGCCAAGUCAACAUGCUGUAUUUUCUUUGUGGAUGGUUCCACGCUUGAGAAUUUACUACGAUAGUAAAACUUUGCAUUAUUUUGAUUUUCUUUUCCUUUACAUGUUUCACAACAUCUGUUCUUCUUGUCACAACUGUUACUGAUUAAUUAUUUAACGUCUCUUUCAGCCUCAGAAUCGCCGCUUCCAAUAUUCUUUAUCAGGAGAGGACAGCAAAUACUUCAUAAUCGACCAAUCUUCUGGUCUCCUCAGAGUUAAUGCGACCUUGGAUUAUGAGCAACAUAAGGCCAACUUCUCUUUCAAGGUAAUAUAAAUUGCAGCUUUAAUUCAUAUAGAUUUUCGAAAUUUCUUUUUGUGUGCCCACAACCAGUCGCAAAAUGAGUUGCGACAUGUUAGCAUCACAAGAGAUAAUUGUUCACCGUGUGAUCUAACAUGAUGUAUCCCCCUACUUCCACUUUACAAUGUUGGUAGCUGAGAAGUAUCACUUACAUAACUUUGAUGAACAACAGUGAAUCGGGGAAAGGGGGCAGCAUUUGAUUUUUUGCACUAAAUUACUUCUUGACCAUCUGAUGAAGUUGGAAAACGCAAUUUUCGCUCUAGGUGUCUCAACAUUUAUGCCACCGGUUGCAGCAGACUUUGAUGGUAUUUCUCGUUUUCAGUAAGCUAUGUGAGGGAUUCAAGCCUAUGAUUAAUUUUAUUUGUUUGUGUUUCAAGGUAUUUGCAAACGAAAGUGAAAGUGAAGAGAGGCUCUCCGGUUUUGCCAUCGUGGAAGUUGAUUUGAUCAACAUAAAUGAUAACGAGCCCAAGUUCAACCAAAUUUCGUACAACUUCACUUACGAUGAGGAAAUCCAUGAAGGCUUCGUGAUCGGAACAGUUAUGGUGCGUAUUUGUUAUUCCUUUCUGUUUUGUUUUAUGUUUGUUGAUGUCAGUUCACGUUUCCGCUGGAACUUUGGCGAAUGGGAUCACCCAUUGCAUUUGUACCGAUCGGGUUGAGUUGCGAUAAAAAUAGAGCUAAAUUGAUGGAAUAAAUGUGUGAGAAUGGUCAAACAUCGUGACAUUCUAAGAAACGUACAUCCUCGGGAACCCAGGGGCUGUCAGUCGAUUUCAAUGUAGGGCGGGAGAGCUUUGGAGGAUGAAAGAUGUUUUCUCAAAAUUACAAAAUUUUCAGGACUAUGAAGCUUCUUGACUGCUAUAUAUAUACAGUACACUGCUUCUUAUUUUACUAAAUUCGGUGACAUUGAGUGCUGAGAUUCCAAUGCAAUCCUUUUCAUUUUAACUUAGGCCACAGAUGCUGAUCUUGGUUCCUAUGGAGAAUUAAAAUAUGAGUUGUAUGGCACUGGUGCAGCAAGGUAAUAUUUGAUAUAUUGAAUAGUAAUUAUAAAGAGUCUUACUGAUCAUUGACAAGAGCAUGGUCAUUUGAGAACUGUAGGAGAUGUAGUGACUUAGUGGUUUGUGCUAAGCUUCUGAUCGUAUUGUCUGGCUUUACCUCCAUCAGAGGUCUCUUUGAUUUGUUCAUAAGCAUACAUCUGAAAUCCCAUCGUGUUUUUCUUCCCACAAACUGUUAGAAGCACCGGUAAAAUGUCUUUGCUUAUUUAUGUUUUCUCUGAAGUUAGCGAAAGCGACUCGACUGGAAACGACAGCAAUUCAAUACUCUAGGUAACCUGUGAUAGACCUCCACAGCGCUAAGACGGUCUGAGACAUAUUCUCCAAGUGCAUGUAGACUCUUUUAAUUAUUAUAUUGUUUUUAUUGAUGCAGCUUCACGGUAGACUCCUCAAAUGGAUCUAUUCGCGCGAGCAAAGUACUGGAUUACGAACAGAACAAAGAAUUCAUGUUCUUCCUGCUCGCCAAUGAUGGUGGAAGAUUUUAUGAGGAAGACAAAACUUACGUGACUACAAUCCGUGUUUUCUUGAGAGACGUUAAUGAUAAUGAUCCUGUGUUUCUGAAGACUCCAUAUGCUGUGGAGAUAAUGGAAAACCAAACUGAAAAUAUUUUUGUUUAUCAGGUCAGUGCCUUUAUUUUAAUAAAUGAGACCCUCCCAGAAUUUUAACCGGAUAAACGGAAUUCAAAUUCUUUAGCGAUUUGGCAUCUCAAACUGAAAAUAGCUCGGGCAAUUUUUGCCAGCAUCGAAACAACAUCCUUCACUUUUACAGUGUUAUUUAUUUAUAAAUUAUAACUUUUGCUUGUUAUUAUGGAGAAGUGUCACAACCAUCUUGCAUAACCUAAUGUGGCGCCUUAUUAAAGGACACCCGCUUCGCUUUAAGCCUCUCCUUAAUCCUAGAAUUAUCAAGAAUCAUACAUGCAGGUCCAGUUUACUAGAAAUGUCACAAAACAUGCCAAUUGCAGAGGAUGUAGUUACCAGUCUCCGUGUCACGGAACAAAACGGAGGUUAACUGUAGUAGCGAAGGACCAAAUCAAUAACCUCAAUAUAUACGAAUCGAAAGGCAAGAGUGAACGAAGGCAAUGGUCACGGGUUUGGACAAUGCUCAAUACGGUGAUGAAUAACGCUGUGUUCUGUUCAUUUUUUAGGUGUCAGCAUCAGAUUUAGACUCCGGAGAUAAUGCACGGGUAAAGAUUUGUUUAAAAGUGUUUAAUGUUAAUGUUCAUUGUUUUCCGAGUUUGAAACACAGGCUGGCUGUGAAUGGAGCUGUAGUUGUAACGAAGGUGAAAGCCUACUAAAGUAAACAAACUAGUGUCAUAAAAUAAAAUAGGGAAAGUGUAGUAUGGGCUCCUAAGGGUCCAUAACCAAUCAGAAAGCAGCAUGAAACGAUAAAAUUGGGUAAUGGACCAAUCAGAUUUAGGUAUUGGAGCCCGAUAUGGCGCAUGAGAAUUGCUCUAUGAUAGGUUACGACCAAUCACAGCCUCAGUUACUAUUGUCAUGGUUUCGUCAAAAUAAUUGAGAGGGAUUAACUAAUUUAGCGAUGGUGAAACUCUCAGGGUAAAACUACAGUCAAGGACUAUUUUACCGACAGGUAGAAGAUAUCUCCAUGAGGAAGAUGAGACUAAUUUUUAAUUAGCAAGCUUGAUUCAUUUUUUUUAGCGAGAAUUAUAAUUAUGGUAAUACAAUGUUUUUCUUUCGAUGUGACUGUGUAGAUUUCCUUCAACAUAACGGAUGGCAAUACUGGAAAUGCCUUUGCAAUAAAUGAAAGUGGAAUAGUAACCACUACGCUGAAACUAGACCGGGAAACAGUUUCCUCGUAUUCGCUCAUGGUAUGUUGUUGAGAUCUUUCUUUAUUUUUAUGUUUUAUUUGUUAUGCAGCAAAAUGCAAAGUAGCAGAAAGUUCGUGGAUCCCUGUAGAUAUCCGCUCUUGGGGAAAGAGGCUUGUCUUAUUCACAACGUAUGAAAUCCUGGGUCGUCCUGUUCAGACGUAAACAAAGCUCUAUGAAUCAAGGAUUGUCGGAAGCACAAAAUAGGCCCAAAAUGAUGAAUCGUAUCACUAAGAAAUCAAAUUAUUCUUACUUAAUUCACCAACGGGUUAGAUCAUUGAAUCAAUGUGAUUUUUCUUCUUUUUUAUCAGAUCAUGGCUUACGAUCAUGGCGAUCCAUCCAGAAGUACGAAAACUAUUUUAGCUGUUACGGUCCUUGAUAUAAAUGACAACCCACCAGUGAUCUUUGAUGGACCAUAUCUGACAGCAAACGUUAGCGAGGUAGGUCUACGAUGUUAAGUGAAUCAAGAGCAAUUAAAACUCUUCAGGCGCUUAUGUGGUUUUCAUCUAUUUUGCUUUCGAGAUGGUGGACUCUUUCCAAUUACAUGCCUCAUCAGAAUUUAGUCGGUAAAUGAUAAACAAUCCCGUGUCGAGAGCGCUCUCCUCCUUCUACCGAGGUGGUAAGGAUUCAAUAUUCGGACCUGGCAUCGCAUAUGGAUUGAGUGUGUUUUGAUUCUAGACCUAGAAGCUCAAAAUAUUUUUUCUCAAGGAAGUCUGGUUCGUGCUGUGUUCCAAAACUAUAAUUUGGCCCAGAAACAAAGGAUGAAGAGCCACUGCAGAGCAUUUGCCACAACUAAAUUCUGUGUAUGUCAUUUUAUUUCGUUACAUUUUGCAGGGUAAAGGUGGAGGAACAUUAGUUUACACUUUCCAAGCUUCCGACCAAGAUGAAGGCAGAAACAAGAAGCUAACAUACGCCAUUUCUGCAGGUGAAAAUGGAGAAUUCAUCCUGAACAGUAACACAGGGGUGCUGCAAAUAUCUCCAACAGGCCUUGACAGAGAGCUUCAUUCCAGCUACAACCUGACAAUAAAUGUUACUGAUGGAGGAAUUCCAAUGUUGUGGGUAAGUUAGGUCUAUUAAAAAAGAAAAUACACAGUACGAAGCAUGGUUAGGGAAGCUCUCUGGAAAAUUGACCAUAAUUUAUCUCAUAAACUUUGCAUUGAUUGCAGGGCUACUCUAUGCUACACAUUAAGAUACUGGACAUUAAUGACAACUCUCCGGAGUUUGUUCCCAGUCCUUCAGGCUCACUCUCAACCUACAUCAGAGUUAUUGAUGAAGGACCAAAUAGCAUCAAUAAAGCCAUCAUCGAUGUUAACGCUACAGACAAAGACGACGGAACAAAUUCCAAGAUUGUCUACACCUUUUCUGGGGAUCAGCAUGGGUAUUUCCAUCUAAACUCAUCGACGGUAAGGUUAAGAACAUUUGUGAAAAAACGAAUUAUGUGAAAAAAAGGAUAAUUCAAUAAUACAAGAAAGAACCCGAUACCAACAUUGUCUUAAAAAUGCAGCCUGUUUUCCUUCCGUGGUCAUAUUUUUUGAAACUGGUAUUUAAGGUUUUAAUCCUUUGAUGAAUUUUGAUUAUUUGUGUCACUAUUCGAUAAGUUUUUUAACUAUUCAGUUUCUCAACGAAUAAUUAACUGAUUGAUUGAUUAACAACGUGGUGUGUAUUGUUGAAUACUAAAUGACUUUCGCAACAUUUCUUUAGGGAGUUUUAUAUGUCCGUAAAGUCCUGGAUCGAGAAAACUCGGAGAUGACCUUAGAUGCACAAGAGAGAGGAGUGUUUUCUCUCGAUAUCACGGCUACGGACCAAGCUGAGCCUGAAAAUACUCGAAAAAGUUCUACCGUGAGGGUAAGAAAAAAUUUUACAUCCUUUUAUUGUCUUAAAAAUGAUGUGAUAGUUAAAACAUAUAUGAAUGAUGCAUUAGUCUAGUGCUCAUUGUCUCCACAAAAGGAAAUUCAUGAUAAAGGAUGUACAAAAUCAAGAAUGUUAAAAAAUGAUCUUUAAUCUACCACCUGCUUCAUGUAGAAGAGACUUAUUCUUUUAACCAUUUAUUCUUGUUUCGCCAAUCCUACAGGUCACCAUAAUAGUCAAUGACAUUAACGACAACACCCCUCAAUUCGUUGAUCCACCCCAGUCCACCAGCAUCAGCGAGGCUGCUCGGCCGGGAAGUAACGUGAUACAGGUCCCCGCAGUGGACAAAGAUUUAGGAUUUGCUGGCAAAGUUUUUUAUAAUAUUACUGAAGGAAAUAGCAAUGGUAUGCUGAUAGAAUAUGUAACAUUUAAUGACAAGACCUUGAUGGGGCACCAAUUUUUCAGUGCACCGAUUUUGCUGUGAUUUCCACUUGUAAAUGUUGACAUUUAAAUGCAAGUCUGACUAAGGUGUGAAAUUGAUGAAAAAUAGAGGUUAAGCAGUGUUAUCGAAGAUCUUUUCUUCAAAUCUUUUAGGAAAUUUUGAAAUAACGCCAGGCGGCUACAUUCUUGUCAAGAGAUCGCUGGAUGCUGAAGUAAAAUCCUUGUAUAACCUGACUAUUGAAGCAAAAGACGAAGGCCAACCAAAGAGAUCUAAUAAAGUUAGUGCAUCUCUUCAACCCAGUUCCUAGAGAUGGAAAAUUGUUACUUUUAAAAUGGUCCAAUUAAAACUGCCUUAGUCUUUUCAGCGGCUGGUUUGUGUUGAGCUAUGGGAGAGCGAAUGCCUUAACAAAGAACGCCAGCGAUGGCAGAGAGUCAACAUCUUCGUGACAAAUCACUCGAAUAGCACCAGAACCUACCUAAUACCCUUAUCUCGCAGAGGAACCUAAUGUAGAACCUACAGUAGCUUUUUCGGUGGAAAAUCAAAUUGCUCCCACGCUCUUUUGUUUUAUCUCAGGUUAUUCUAGUGACGAGUUUUGUUUUUUUUUUCUAGACGGUUGUGUCUAUUGUUGUAGACGAUGUGAACGACAACGAUCCAGUUUUCAACCAGUCCACCUAUCAUGGUCGCGUGUUAGAAAACUCCAACGUGAGCACGCUUGUUGCAAAAGUGUACGCAACAGACGAAGACCAAGAUGCCAAUGGUCGAGUGUCAUAUAAGAUCACCAGCGGCAAUACUGGGGAGGCAUUUGCAAUUAAUAAUAAAACUGGAGUGGUCACUGUAAAGGGGUCCAUAGACAGGGAAAAGAUGAAGGAGUAUAUUCUAAGCAUACAGGCUGAAGAUGCUGGCCAUCCCUCCAAUAGGAAGGUAAGAUCACGGGAAUGGGAAAGGAAUUACGCGGAGGUAACAGCGCUCGCUUAACACCGCUCUCGCUCGAUUUCCGACUCCUCUGUCAUUGCAUGUGGGUUCAGUUUUCCCAUUGUGCUGUGUCAAAACGUAGCGCUCCGUACGAUCCACUGUUUUUUCUCUCGUGGCAGGCUUUUGCAGACCUUGUCAUCACAGUCCUUGAUGAAAACGACAGUCCCCCCCUGUUCAAGGAGAGUUCUUACGAAGCAUCCAUUGAGGAGAACUCGGAAGCAGGAAAAACCGUUGUGCCAGUAAGUACAAAAUACUCCUUCGACACCACAACUGAACCUCUCUCUACAUUACAAGCAAUAAUUUAAUUUGCCAGCCCGUUUUAUGCCGGGGAAAGGAAACAAUUAAUUAUGUUCGAAACGUAGGUGAGAGAUAAGCUACCAUUGAACCACUGGUAAAAGUAAGGUCUGUGUGCGGGAUGAAUAUCAUAUCUGCCAUAGCUCAUCCCAUUUUCUGUCAUGAGUUAUUAAUAGUCUCAUGUUUUCAUUCAAAUAUACUUCGAAACAACUGUCAAAUUUAUUUCAGACCAUCGAAAUAGGAGCUACAGAUGCGGACGAGGGAGCCAACGCUAUCAUGUCAUUUUCUCUCCAUGGUGAGACGACUGAAUUUUUUUUUUUUCGGUCCUGAAAGUUCACUCUUCGUGGAAUUACUAUCAAAUUGUAGCUGACUCAGCUAUCCAAUCUAUUUUGUGUUUUCCAAAAUAGCACAUUUUUGGAUAAAUUAAUGAUUUUUCUCUGCAAGUUUUGGUAAUCACUUAAAAAUUAUCAAAUCUAGCGGACAAAUUUUAAAAUAAAUUGAAAAUUUACAUUUUCCUCUGCAAUAUUAAGCGCGUCCGUAAGAAACUAUGUAUUAAUGGACAAUCAUGAAAAGACUCAGAGGUAAUCCGUCUAAUCUGCUAACAGUCAGUCACUGAAUGUUGCAGAAAUUCUGCAACCUCUCAUGCACUGUGUGUUACAGAAAUUCUGCAACCAAUAGUCCACUGGAUGUCGCAGAAAUUCUGCUACCACUCACACACUGGAUGUUGCAGAAAUUCUGCGACCGUUUAUACACUGGGUGUUGCAGAAAUUCUGCGACCACUCAUACUCUAAGUGUCGCAGGAAUUCUGCAACCACUCAUACACUGGGUGUCGCAGAAAUUCUGUGACAACUCAUACGCUGGGUGUUGCAGAAAUUCUGCAACCACUCAUUCACUGGGUAUCGCAGAAAUUCUGCAACCACUCAUUCACCAGGUGUUGCAGAAAUUCUGCAACCACUCAUACACCGGGUGUUGCAGAAAUUCUGCAACAACUCAUUCACUGAGUGUCGCAAAAAUUCUGCAACCUCUCAUUCACAAGGUAUUGCAGAAUGUCACUGAAUGUCACAGAAACACUGUGACAACUCAUACACUGGAUGUUGCAGAAAUUCUGUAUCCUCUCAUUCACUAGAUGUUGCAGAAAUUCACUCAUGGAUACAG